CCAACAUCCACCCCUCCUGCAACCAUCCAUCCAUCCAUCCAUCAUACAUUCAUCCUCCGUUGAUCCCUAUCUUUGAACAUGUCCUCAUCCAAUGUCUCCAUGUCGCAAGACCCGCUUACCUCAUCCGCCGCAAUCCCUCCCGCCAAGCCCCGUCGCCGGCGUGACAAACCCCAAUUCUCCUGCAACGCGUGUCGUCAACGAAAGUCUCGAUGCGAUCGGCAACAGCCCACAUGCUCCAGCUGUCUCUCGCGGGGUCAGACGUGCGUCUACCUGACGCCUAGGCCCGGAGCAUCGUCCUCGUCGGCCCCGUCCAGCGGGACCUCCGGAGUCCAUGACCGGCUCGUGCACCUGGAGCGUCUCGUUAAGUCGCUGAUGGCCGAUGGGGUGGUAUCUCACCACCACCACCAACACCAUAAGCCCCCGCAGCAGCCACUGGCUACGCCCGAUUCCAGUUCCAGUGGCGGUCUUCGACAAGAGUCGGCCAGCGGCCUCGAUACGCAGUCGGACUGCGGAAGCAUGCAGAUCACCAGUUCGGAGCUGCGGUAUGUGGCCGGCGAACACUGGGCGGCCAUCCUGGACAGUAUCGCCGACCUGAAAGCCCACUGUGACCGCGAGGAGCAGAUCUCCCUGGCCGAGACGCCCACUCACCUCAGUGAGGAGGAGCCACCCCACUUCCGCCAUGCUUUGUUGCUGUAUGGAUGUCACCGGGCCACCUCGCGCGCGGAGAUUAUCGCGGCUCUGCCGCCCAAGGCCGCCGUCGACCGCUACAUUUCCCGCUAUUUCAACUAUCUCGACCUAGUCGCAUCCGCUGCGGUACAUGGGCCCAGCUUUCUGCGAGAGUAUGAGGCAUUCUGGACCGAUUCCAGCCGGGUGUCAAUCGUAUGGGUUGGCCUUCUCUUCAGCAUGGUGUGUCUGGCGGUGAUGGCUUCGGAUACGACCGACGGGCCCGAAGCGGAGCAGAAGUCCCUCCAGAUUGACCUCUACCGCGAGAAGAUCGUGCAGUGCCUGGUCCUGGGCGAGUAUACGAAGCCCGGGCAAUAUGUGCUGGAGACCGUCGUGCACUAUCUCUACAUUGAGUUUGGCAUCAACCCGGACGCGGAUCGCAACAUCUGGUUUUUGUUAGGACUGGAAGUCAACCUGGCGAUGCGAAUGGGCUACCACCGCGACCCCAGCCACUUCCCGGGCAUCUCACCGCUGCAGGGGGAGAUGCGACGACGACUCUGGGCCACCGUGUUGACGAGCGACAUUCUCCUCUCCAGCCAGAUGGGGAUGCCACGGAUGAUCUGUGACUGGAAGUGCGACACGGCCGAGCCGCGCAACCUCUACGACAUGGACCUGGACCAGGAGCUGACCCAACUGCCACCGGCCCGCCCCGAGACGGAACACACCACGGCGCUGGGGAUCAUCGCCCGUCGCCGCAUGAUCAUCGCGCUGGGCGCGAUCGCCGAUCUCGCGGACGCGGUCAAACCGGUCAGCUACGCGGAGAUCAUGCAAGCGGAUAAAGCGCUGCACGAGGCGGUCGCCAGCAUCCCCCCGCCGCUCCGCAUCAAGCCGCUGGCGGCGAGCGUGACGGAUUCGCCGCAGGUGAUCAUGUCGCGGCUCUUCCUGGGCCACCUUUUGUACAAGGGGCAGAUCAUGCUGCACCGACGGUUCCUGGAGCUGCAUGUUGCGGCCACGGCGUCAGCGACAGCGACUGGUGCGGGGGCUGGCGCUGGCGCUGGCGAGAAUGCUAGCGAGCAAGCCAGUGGUGAAGCGCCCUUCGCGUAUUCGCGCACCGCCUGUAUCGACGCCUCGCUGGGGACGUUGCACAUCCAGCACGUGCUCGACGAGGAGACCUGCCCGGGCGGCCAGCUCCACGAGAUGCGGUGGCGCAUCACCUCCAGCAUGAACCACCUCUUUCUAACAGCGACGAUGAUCCUCUGCUCGCUGCUGCACCGGGCGCAGCCGCUCGGCGAGCGCACGGAAGAAGUCCUGGCCGCCCUGCGGCGGGCGCGCACCAUCUGGAUGCGACGCAGUACCUCGUCCCGGGAGGCGAAGCGCGCGACGGAGAUCGUCAGCCUUACCCUUGCGCACACCGGGGACGGGAAUCGGAGUGCGACGAGCGCCGAGGAGGACAGCGAGCCGAUGGUGGUGACGCAGAACGCGUCGACGGUCACCAGCAGUGACUUCACCACAGGGUUGGGGAUGACCACCUGGUCGCAUUCCAUGGAUCUGAAUGAAGCCGACCGGCGGAUGAUGCCGUCAAUGCUGGGACCGUACCCGCCCCCGCAGUACACCGGGAUGGACUACUCCUUCCCCAUGAUGGACGACUGGUUACAGAUGCAAUGGCUGGGUCCGCAGGAGGCGGAUCCGUUCUUUUCCGGAUGACUUACAUCGUUCAGGAUUAAAUGUUUACUACUGGGAAUAACACCAUUGUGAAGAUUCUGAUCACCGCUGCAAGAUCAGCGACCGUGAUAAGAGUAAGUAAUUAGCUAUGUUGCUAAAUUCAUCUAUCUCUGUUAAGGAUGUGGAUGGUGGAUGAAUCCCGGCUACGUAGUCUACCUGAGGAACUACCUUAGGUAGCUAAGACCCACCGAGGAGUACGGCAGACCAUGUUUCGGUCUGCCCGGCGAGGACCGCGAACAAUAUCCUGUCCAAUAGAAUGCAGAUUAGAAGGGGACGCUCUUGAGAAUUCUAAUCAACAGGAACAGGC